AUGAGUCAAAAUAAAAUCUAUAAAACCAAUUAUGGAUAUAACAAUCCAAUUUUGUUAAAUAAAAAUGAACGAAAUAUAAAUACGUAUGUCAACCAAAAGACAAUGACCAAUAAAUUAUUAACAACAUAUAAUAGAAGUCCAUUGCAAUCAAAUUAUGAUCCUUACAUUCCUAAGAUUAUGCAUAGUUCUACAAUUAAAAAACAAGGGGCAAUAAAUAAAAAUGAUGUAGAUAAAAUAUACAAACCAAAUUAUAUUGAUGUGAAUAAUUUAUCUAACUCCAAAUAUAUUCUUUCUAAAAAUACACCUGAAUAUAUAAAUGGAAAAAAACAAAUGAUAAACAUAUUUGAUAAUAUCAAAAAUGAGGAGAGGAAUAAAAGUAUUAAUUAUUAUAAACAUAAUAAUAUUAUUAAAAUACCUUCAAGUUAUAAUUCAAAUAAUGCAAAUAAUAUAAAAUCAAAUAAUGUUAAUGAUGGUGUAUUACAAGUUCAAAAAGGCAGUAUACAAUAUGAUGCUAAAAAUAUGAAUACAUUUCAUAACAAAAAUAAUGCAAAAGGUAAAUUUAUUAAAAGACUAAAUAAUAUCAAUAAUAAAGAAGUAGCAUCCAAUGUGGAUGACAUAAAAUUAUUGAAAAAAUCGUUGCCCGCUAAAAUUAGCUCAAGUAUAAAGACAAAUUAUGAAAAAAGUAAUGUUUUAGAUCAUAAUAAAAAUACAAAUGUUAAGGUAAGUAAAAUUUCUAUUGAAAAUAAAAACAAUAAUAUAAGAAAAAAAGAGAAUAUGAAAUUGGCCCCAAAAUAUGGAAUUAAUAAUAAGGAUAAUAAAAAUAUGAUUAUAGAGAGUGUCAAGGUAGUUAAGAACCCCAAAGAAAUUACAAAAAAAAAAACAAAGAUUGUACAAAAUAAAUAUAAGAAUCCAUUACCAAGUUACAUAUGUUUAAAUUUUUAUGACAAUUCAUUAAAUUUAAAUAACGGUCUCAAAAUGUUUAAUGAUAUGAUAGCUGUUGAUAAGAAUCAAAAGAUCAAAAAAUGGAAUGGGUAUGAAUGGGAUAAAAUGGAAAAGGAUUUUCAUUUUUUAAUAAAAGCUCGAUAUGAUAAUAAAGGUAAUAUAUGGUGUAUAAAUAAUUCUUAUGAAGUUUUGAGAAUUAUGAGAAAUAAAUUAAAAAAUUUUGGACAUAUGGGGAAGGAAGAAAUUAUCGACAUUGGAUUUGACAAAAAAAAUAUAUUAUGGUGUAUAAACCGUAAAGGACAAUUAUUAAAAUGGGUUAAAACAAAAUGGGAUAAUAUAGAAUACAAGGGUUUUCAUAAAUUAAUAUGUUUAUCAUUUGAUAAGAAAGGAGAAUUAUGGGCAAUUAAUUUGAAGAAGGAACUAGCCAUGUGGGAUAAGAAAAAUAAAUGUUGGGAUGAAAAAAGUAUUAAGGAUAAUUUGAAAAUAUCUUGUAUAGAUUUUGAUGGAGAUGGAAAGUUAUGGGUAGUUUCUAAUUCAGGUGCAUUAUUAACAUAUUCAAAAGAUCAAUGGAUAAAUUUUGGAUUGGUUUGCUUGGAAGAGUUAAUAUGUAUAAGUUUUAAAAAAUUGCAAGAAUGA